UUAGCAUUUGAUUUUAAGUUUGUAUUCAUUUUGUGGAAUUUAAAAGUGCAAAUCUUCGAAUGAUAUAAAUUGAAACCAAUAAUUUACAACGCGUUUUGAAGACAACAAGUUCGUUAAUUAUCGUUCGUUCUGGCGUUUGGGUGUGAAGCGAUUCGUUCAGUGUGAUUAGCCAUUUUUUACGAAAAGCCGGUUCGUUUCUUUAUACUUUCAGUUGAUGUCCUUCGUCGGAUCGUUCCAAAGUUGGCAUUGGUGAAAUACGAUAUGAGCGUCUGACACGAGCCAGGGCAUGAUAAACAAAAUUGUCGAAUUAGUCAUGCUGGACUGCCGUAGUGUGGAAUGGUGAAAAUAUAUGCCAAUUGCUUAUUUGUGCUGUCCGAGCUAAAAAUCAGUGAACGGAAAGAUGUUCUAUCUAAUGCCAAGAUUUGAACGAUGAUUACUAUUAUAUGACUAAUGUACAUUGAUCAUUUGGCAAAAGAUGUACAUAUAAGUGUGCAUGUGAACACAUAUGUAUGUAAAUAGUGUGGAUUCAAGCAAAUGUUUACAAUGUGUUUUCCAAAACUUGAUGUUAAUCGUUUCGUUUGUAUAAUAAAUGGUUUUGACUAUACGGCCAUUUCUUGUGGCACAGUCAUGUUAUACACCCAAUGGACAAAUUGGAGUAUGUCAAUCCCUCCAGUACUGUCCAUCAUUGAUUCGUUUGUACCAAAAUGAUAGAACACAGCGUACAAUCAACUUUUUGGUUGCAUCUCAACGUAGCUGUGGGAAUCGCGUGUACGGUGGUUACCCUGUUCUCUGUUGUACAGAUGGUGUUUCUUACGAUCAGAGGCCUACUACCAGUUCACCUUUCAUUGAGGUGACCACGACGACGACAACAACAACCUCAACUACUACACCUAGACCUCAGCCACCAGCUCCAAUAACGCAGGCUCCCACGCGGUUAGCAGAUUGUAUUGGCCCGGAUCGCAGAGAAGGAUAUUGCAUUAGUUUACGAGCUUGUCCAUCCCUUCUUAAUGAAUUUAUUUCACGUCAAAAAGAUCCACAGUACAUCAGUUUCAUUCAACAAUCGAAUGCCAUUUGCAACUACAUUCAGCCAAAUGUGUGUUGUCCUCUGGAAUCAUCAGUAACUAGUGCACCAAACACUCCAACUCCAACGGUAGCACCUCCGCCGGCACCAGUUACCGAAGGGCCGCCGCUGCCAAAGGAUAAUAACCUUAUUACACUUCCAACCCCUGCUGAGGGAUGCGGCUACAGUAAAGUCGAGCACAAUCGAGUGGUUGGUGGUGUGCCUGCUGCACUAAAUGGCUGGCCAUGGAUGGCCCUAAUUGGGUAUAAAAACACACUAGGAGAAGUGUCUUUUAAAUGUGGAGGAUCGAUUAUUACUAAACGACAUGUAUUGACUGCCGCACACUGCAUUCGUAAAGAUCUUUCUUCAGUUCGCCUCGGAGAGUAUGAUACGUCGACGGAUGCUGAAACGAACCACAUUGAUAUUCCGGUGGUGAAGAUGGAAACUUAUCCACAGUAUGAUAAGAAGGAUGGGCAUUCGGAUUUGGCGAUACUCUAUCUUGGUGAAGAUGUAGCAUUUAAUGAUGCUGUCCGUCCAAUUUGUCUUCCGAUUGGUGAUCCAAUAAAAAGUCGUAAUUUAGAUGGGUUAACGCCGUUUGUAGCAGGCUGGGGACGAACACAAGAAGGUGGCAAAUCCGCAAAUGUUUUACAAGAGCUCCAAAUCCCGAUUGUGUCGAACACAGAAUGUCGAGAAUUGUACAGCAAAAUUGGGAAAGCAUUUUCUGAGAAGCAGUUCGAUAAUGCAGUACUAUGUGCAGGAGUUUUGGAAGGUGGAAAGGAUUCCUGUCAGGGUGACAGUGGAGGUCCAUUGAUGUUUCCACAACGCAGUGGUGUUGAGUUUUAUUACUACCAAAUAGGAAUUGUUUCAUACGGUAUUGGAUGCGCACGAGCCCAAGUUCCUGGAGUUUAUACGAGAGUGACACAAUUUGUAGACUGGAUCCAAGAAAAAGUAGCUGAGCCAGUGUGAAUAAAUGUUGUACGAAUGUCAAUUAUAAGGAUUUCCAUUUAACACCAUAACGUAGAUUUGAAAUAUAAAUGAAUGUUGUUUUAUAACAGUUUGA